AAAAAAUUCUAGUUCCAUCGUCUACUUCGUAUAGCCACAUAUGGGAAUGUAAUUAUUUAGUUUACGAGUCGUGUUUCUUUUAGAAGAAUAUUGUUUUUGGAAAUUUUAAAAUGUAUUUUGAACUAAGAAGUUUUUAUAUAUUAUGAAUACCGUUUGAAAUCAUGUAAAAAUGCUGAUGUAACAGACUACAGUUAAUAAUAGUUCCGUAUUUCUUUGGUGUUAUUUGUACACCAACAAUUCGUGUGCUGGAUUACAACUUCGCCAACGUUCGUUUAUUUUAUUUCCACUGUUAAGAGUUUGAGUUGAAAAAACAUUAAAAAAGUAAAAAAUAGUCAAGACGAAGUUCAACACAAUCAAAUCCUAAGAAGCCUAAAAUAUAAGGCGUAGCUCUUGAACAAAGAAUUGUGGUAUGGAGAAUUUAAAAAUUGAAGUAUUAAGUGUACUGCAGGAACGUGAAGAUGAUGGAAAAGCACAAAAUCACAAGAAAAAUACGGGACAUUGCGGAAGUCGUAAUUCUGAAAAUAUAAUACGUCAAUUGCCAAAAAUGUCGGCACUUGAUUUGGCUGGCAUUGUGAACAGUCGUCGCCGUCUUGAAUGGACUAAAGAAUGGCUUAAGAAAAAUCAAAGUGAAUUCUUAAGCAAGGAGAACAUUCUCAAAGAAAUACAAUUUCGAAAUAAUGAAACAUAUUAUUUAAAUUGUUUUCUGCAAAUAACUGAACGGCAAUUUCGACAUUUAGUUACUAUGCUUGAGCCGUUAAUAAGUACAUUCGAGCCGCGCCGCAAGAGAAAAUUUUUCAGUGCUGAAGAACGUAUUGCUAUUACACUUAAAUAUUUGGCAACAGGUGAAUUUCACACUUGUCGCAAUUAUUGCAUCCGUGCCUCCAAACCUGUGAUACUUAAAAUGAUAUCCGAUAUCUGCCUCAAAAUGUAUGAAACACUGAAGGACCAAUACGUUUCACUUCCAAAGACUGAUGAACAGUGGCAAAAUAUUGCAAAUGCAAUACAAAGUGAACAUAAAUUACCAAAUUGUAUUGGAAAUCUGGUAAUGCAGCAAAUCGAAUUUCAUACUGGUUCACGUUAUGCUCCACCGGUAACAGAGACUAAAUUCAAGCCAUCAAUGAUUUUUACGGCUAUUGUAGACCAAAAAAAUAAUUUCAUGUAUGUUGACAUAGAGAAGACAAAAGCUAAAACAUAUGAUACAAUCUAUGAGUGCUCAACAACGAAACAGUUUCUAGAAACAGUUUCUAAUAAUAUACCAAUAAGUAAUGAUAUUACACAAGAGGAAACAAAUGAAAAGAAUAAAUUUAGUUAUUAUUUUGCCGGUGGUGGUGCUAUGCCAGUUACAACAUAUAUGCUGAACUCAUUACAUUAUGUGCCAACUAGUCAAGAUCAAAGUUAUUGCUUCGGAUCCGUAAGGGAAAUUGAAUAUUGUUUUGCUAUGGACUCUACCAAUAAUCAUAUGAAAGAUGCAAUCUGUAUUUUAACAAAUAUAUUUCCUAUAUUAGCAUCUCCAUUAAAUAUUGAUGAAGAGAAUGCUCGUAAAGUAAUACUGGGUUGUGUUGCCUUAUAUAAUUUUCUACGUAAAACAGAUCAAAAAUUUAACGAACAAACUGAAAAAAUGGCUAGAGUUGGAGAGGAAGAAAUUAUAGAAGAUGACUGCAUUAUGAUUGGCAAUGAAGAUGAAGAAAAAGAACGCAUGGAGUUUACACCGAAUUUAGUACAUAAUAGCUGUUUUCAUUUUAUAAAGAAGCAAAAUGGCGAUACGGUGGCUGGAUUGGCUAAGCGGAAACGUCUUUUUGAUUAUAUUACGAACUUAGAAAGAAAGUAGAGAUAUUUAUAAAUAUUAGGUUUCAGUGAUUAAAGAGAAUGCUAUUUUUGUACUGAUUCAGGUUGGUUCCUUUACAAAAAAUAUUAAAUUUUUUCCCUACAUUGUAUUUGCAUAUUACACUGUGUAACAAAAAUAAAGUCUUUAAUUUUUAUUUUUGAUUUUUCAAAGUUUUUAGGUUUAU